AUGAGUAACAACUCCAUCAAGAACUACUUCAAGCCGAAACCCAAAGAGAACGGGGACCCAAAGAAGCUUCGUGGAUCCCAUCCAUACAGCCGUUCCUCGUCUCCACCCUCCCCUGCGUCUCCCCAGGAAUCUCCGCCCCCGCCACAAAGGAGGUAUGGCGAUGCGCGCUCGAGGAGGAAGGAGAUCGCGGACGAUACACUCGAGGCUCUUGAAGCUGGGUGCUACAGCCUUGACGGUCGCACAUAUGCCCUCAAAGACGCCGUAAAGCGCUCCGAACAGGGAACGCGCUACUAUCAACCUGACUGCGCGCUUGCUUCGUGGGAGAUCUCCUCUCCACCAUCUGGUAGCGGCAGGCAAACCGAAGUCACGCUUGCUGAGAUAUCCACGCUAGAGGGUGCCCGACUUCUGAUCUCUCAGACCGACGCUCGUGUCGGCAUACUCAAUUUCGCGUCUGCUACUAAACCUGGUGGAGGCUUCCUCUCUGGUGCAUCGGCACAAGAGGAAUCCAUCGCUCGCUCCUCGACCCUAUACCCGACCCUCCUGACGGCAGAGGCGCAGCGAUUCUAUAGACUACACAAGAAGCGCGACACAGAGGGAUACUACACUCACGCCAUGAUCUACUCGCCAUCCAUCCUCGUCUUUCGCACCGAUGACGGGCGAUGGCUGCCACCAUACGAGGUGGACAUACUUACUAGCCCUGCCGUCAACGCGGGCGUCGUACGCCAGAAGAACAAUGGACGGGUAUCCGAUGAUGACAUCGAAGGGGACAUCGGGAUGGCGAUGCGGGAGCGCAUGGGACGCCUGCUCUUUCUCUUCGAGCAGGAGGGUGUGCGGGAUAUCGUCCUGGGCAGCUUCGGGACGGGCGUCUUCAAGAACAAUGUGCAGAUGGUCGCGGGGAUCUGGGUGGAUCUGUUGUUCGAGGAGACGGCCCGGUUCCGAAAUUCGUUCGACAGAGUUGCCUUUGCGAUCCUUGGCACACCUACUAUUGAGGACUUCAAGCUUGUCUUUACUGCGCGAGGCGUACCGUUUUAG